UUACGCAAAUGCUCUCAUAACACAACUAGCAACCCGGAAGUCAAAGUAAACAACCGCAGAUGAAACUUGCGAGGUUGAAGUAAGAGAAAGCAACAACGUUGUAUUUAGCUGACUGGCAUACAUUAAUACUGCUGGGAAGAUGCUUAAAACCAUCGGCCAGGCUCUGUUUUCAACAGGAUUGCAGUACCCCAAACACUCAAAUCUCGAGAGCAAGGGUGAGGACUAUGAGGUCCGCACAUACGAUGCCACCAGAUGGGUGAGCACCACGCUGACGGGCAUGGAGGCCGACGCGGCCAUGAACGCGGGAUUCAGACGACUCUUCAAAUACAUCCAGGGCGAGAAUGAGAAGAAGGUGAAGGUGGACAUGACUGCUCCGGUGACUUGCCGUAUAGAACCGGGCGCUGGUCCGGCAUGUGAGAGCAGCUUCACCGUCUCGUUCUUCAUCCCCCAGGAGCACCAGGCCGACCCGCCUACACCCAGCAGCCCAGACGUGGUCAUUGAGAACCGGCCCGAGUUCACCGCCUUCGUACGGACGUACGGGGGGUUCAGCCGAGAGGAGAUGGCCCGUGCCGAGCACCUGAAGCUGAUCGAGAGCCUCCGCCGCGAUGGGGUGCAGUUCCGCGAGGAUCCGUACUACAGGGCGGGCUACGAUAGCCCCUUCAAACUGACCAACCGCCGGAACGAGGUCUGGCUCCUCCAGUGAGGCCAGGCGUGACACAGCAGGGACUACAGGGAGCAGGAGGGGUCAAGAGGGACGGACUCUGCUAGGCAUGGUGAUGUGAAGUCAAGGGUGUGCCUGGCCCCGUGCUCUUGGAGUCAGCAGGAAGUCAAGUGACUUGUCUAUUGAGUAACUAGAUCGUAGGUGCCUUUCAGAUCAUAAAGCCAAGGUCAGGUGACUUGUCUAUUGAGUAACUAGAUCGUAGGUGCAAGGUCAAGUCAAAAAGCCUCAGAUGCCUCAGUAACUCACUGUAAAGUACAGAAGCCGUUUAACAUUUGUCCAGGAGCCUUAAAUGUCACAUAUUAGCUAUUUGCUUCUGUUUGUUUGUGUUUUAUACGUCGGGUAACUUCGGAAGGGAGAUUUUGAUAUGUUAAGGUUAUGUUAUUACUAGAGUCUGACAACAUGGAAACUGCAUUUUACAGCUGUACACAAGAUGAUGUUUGUAAUGUUCAAAAUAAAAGUCCUGCUACUAACAACAGAGGUGCCUGUGAGUGGCAUGUGCAGUAAUGUUG